AUGGGGGGAUUGCGAAGUCAAAGACACCACUUGAUGCCUGUGUUGAGUGGGGUUGAGCAGUUUGAUGAUUCAGUAAACGAUGAAGAUGAUGGUGCAGAUUCAAGAUUCAUAUUCGAUGGUGGUUUUAGAAAACUUUCUAAAAGAAGUAGAGCAGCAAGAAGAGGUGAAGUAACCGAUGAUGCCAAUGCACCAAUAAUCGCCACAUCAACCAAAGAAUCACAUGAAAAUGACGGUGUUCGUAAAUCAAUAAUCAGGACACAGAUCAAGAACGAAACAUUGCUCAAUAAAAAAAUCGAAGCUUCACGUAUCCGGAAACAACAACAACUGGAUCAGAAAAAGAAAUCAUCGUCUCUAAAACAUAAAGUUGAUCGUAGUGAUAAGCUACAGGGCAUUUUAGCAUCCAAGAUCGAUGCAAGUAUAGCGAGAGCAAAGUAUGUGCAAAAUGCUAGGAAAUCAAACUGGGAUAAGACAAAUUCAAAUAUUGAAAUUCGAAAUCACAUGAUCGAAAAAGAAGCAAGUGGUGAAGGCAAAGAAUUGACUCAAGAGGAGAUAGAUAGAAUGGAAGAGGAUGAGUACGUGAGAAAUUUCUAUGAAAAUGAUGAUGAUGUUAAAGUUGACGACAAAGAAAAAGGUGGUGACAGUGAUGAAGGUGAUGAAAAGAAGGCGUUGGCGAAUAACAAGUUUGCAUUGUUGGAUGAAAUUGAAGCUUAG